CUCUCGACGAAAAUGUUGCCACAACUGAAGCAGCCACUACAAAUGUAUUAGAUAUCGAAGCAGCCAAUGCAGCCCAAACGGCUGCAACUUUCGAUCAUGAAAAUGCGUCUACAUUACUUCUUAAACGUAAUUUUUUGAAUGGAUUUAAGCCUGUCAUUUUUGCCAAUACUCUCGAUGAAAAUAUCGCUACCACUGAAGCAGCUACUACGAAUUUAUUAGAGAUAGAAGCUGCCAAUACAGCAGAAACUGCGGCAACUUUCGAUCAUGAAAAUGCGGCGACAGUUUUUGCUCAACUAUAA